UUAGAGGCCGAUUUCUGGAAUGAAGUUUCUGUUAAUAAAAAGUGGAUUGUUGAGAAUCAGAUUUCUGGAGAAAAGUUGGGAUUGAGCGCAAGCGAACAAAAAAUACAUAUCUUUUUCGAUGAAGCUGCUUCUUUACUCAAUAAAGAUAAGACUAAUUAUGGAAGAAAAAACAUACCAUUUAGGGCCAUUCGUCGAGCACUCAGAGAUAAUCGCCUUUACGUAGUUGGGAUUUUAACCGACACAAACUCUUCCGUUGUCAAUCUGGCGCCCUGGAAAGGUAUGGACCCUUCAGCAAGAGACUAUAACCUUAAAACGCACAAGCCGUUUAUCUACAUAGCGACAACAGACUGCUUGAGGAACGUGAACGGAAUCCCACAGAUAGAACAGCGUGAAGGAUACGAUAUUAUCCGAUUUUGUCGACCACUGUGGGGGUCCUAUUGGUUAGCAGCACCUGAUGAUACUGACAAAUUUGACAGUGCGGUGCGGCUUGCAAUACACAAACUCCUUGGUGGAGCAUCUGCUUGGAGUCAAAUUGAAGAUUAUAGGAAAAAACAUACAGCAGCUCUCGCUCUAGUUGCCUGCAUUGCCUCCCUUUAUGUUUCCCCGACCUCAAGCGAAGCAUCAGACCUCGUCAAGGCACAUAUGGGUACACUUGUCGCCAUCGAUAAAGAACGGAAGAGGCUUCUUGUUACAUAUCCAUCAGAACCAGUUCUUUCAGAAGCUGCACUCGAAGUGCUUUCUGAGGAAAAUAGUGAAGUUGAAAUUCUGAGAGAACUGGAUGGUGCCUUCCAAUCUGGUGGUAUUCUGGAAGCAGGAUGCCAGGGCGAGUUGGUCGCAAGAUUGUUGUUGUUGAGUGCUUGGCGUCGCUUGAUAUACCGCAAAAGAAGCGAAGUGAGACAAAAGGUGUCAUUUUCGAUCCGUCAGCCGGUCCUCGACUUUCUGGAUAAACUAAUAGUGGAUUUUCCAAGGAAGAAAUGUUUACAACUUGAUGAUUUUAGAAUAGGAUUCACUCAUUUUAUUUCUCUUACUCAUGAGCCAGAUAAGGAGACUUGUAAGGAGAUAUGGAACCGGCGUGGAGCCAUUAUCUUCAAACGCAAUCAAAAAGGCGCAGACUUAGCAAUACCCAUUAUGCGUGAAAGCGAUAAGGCCUUGGGUGCUCUGAUUUUUCAGAUUAAGAACUACAAUAGUGCAAAACAAAAUCGAUUUGACGAGACAUAUGCUAUCAAGGCGUUAUUAUCACCCGAAGUGAUGUUUGCUGAUGAUUGUUGUGCUGAUAUUGAGCAGAAUUAUCUGGGCAUUUUCGUGCAUCUUGGGUCUGCUUAUGAAAGCGAAUCUGGGACAAACGUGAGCAAUUAUGAUAAUGGCAAGCUGUUCGAAGAAUGUGAUUCUGGAAAUCGUCUUAUUAUCCAUGGCCUGAAGGCCUUCAAAAUUGACGACAACCAUGAAAGCAUUUUUAAAAAUCUUUUGC